AUUUUAUUUAUGGUAGAAGAUUCAAAACCUAAGACAUACAUUUAAAAACUCUAAAAAUAGAAAUAGAAGUAGAAAUAGAAAUAGAAGAUUGAGAGUAAUGAUUCUGAUGAUGAUUUUUUGAACUAAAUGAUACUUAAGAAUAAAGAAAAUCAAAAGCUUCAGCAAAUUUAAGAACAAAAAGAAAUAGAGCAAUUAUUGAUUAAAUAAUCAAAAGGUCCAGCUUAUAAUUUAGAUGAACCAAUAAUUUAUUCUUCAUUUGUAGACAAUUCUCAUCUAAGGAAUUUAAACAAUUGGGAGGAGAAGUAAUUAAAAACAUAAACUUAACCACCUACAAUACCAAUAGCUUAGUAAUUUUUAGAUAAAAAAUACCCAAUAUCUAAUGAGAUUCCAUAUUUAGGUGAAAAUUCAAAAAGAAUUAGUUUAGAUGAAAUGAGGGAGAAAGAUUUAAUUCAUGAAAAGUAAUUAAAUGCUUUAAGAAAAGCAGCAGAAUGUCAUAAAUAAGUAAGACAAUAUACAUAAUAAAAAUUAUUGAAACCAGGAAUGAAGUAAUUAUAAAUAAAUAUUUUAAGAUUAAUAGAUAUAUGUGAAUAAUUAGAAGAGAUGAAUAGAUAUCUAAUUAAUGCAAAUGGAUUGGAAGCAGGAAUAGCAUUUCCAACAGGAUGUUCUUUAAAUUUCUGUGCUGCUCAUUGGACACCAAAUCCAGGAGAUAAUACAAUUUUAGAUUAUAAUGAUGUUUGUAAAUUAGAUUUUGGAACUUAAGUUGAUGGAUGGAUAAUAGAUUCUGCUUUUACAAUAGCAUUCAAUCCUAAAUAUGAUAAACUAUUGGAAGCAGCAAAAGAUGCUACAUACACUGGAAUAAAGAAUGCUGGAAUAGAUGUUAGAUUAGGAGAUGUAGGUGCAGCUAUACAAGAAGUUAUGGAAAGUUAUGAAAUUGAAUUAGAUGGAAAGACUUAUAAAAUUAAAUCUAUAAAAAAUUUAUGUGGACAUUAAAUUUGCUAAUACAAAAUACAUGGAGGUAAAAGUGUACCAAAUGUUAAAAAUAAUGAUAAUACUUUAAUGAAGGAAGGUGAAUUAUAUGCUAUUGAAACCUUUGCAUCAACUGGAAAAGGUGUUGUUUAUGAUGAUUUAGAGUGUUCUCAUUAUAUGAAAGAUUUCUAUUGUAAAUAACCUAUUGUAAAGAAUCCUAAAGCAAAAGCUUUAUUAAAUCAUAUUAAUUAAUAAUAUGAUACAAUUGCCUUCUGUAAAAGGUAUUUAGAAAGAGAUAAGUAAUCUAAUUAUCUUUUAGCUCUUAAAAAUUUGUGCGAUUUUGGAAUCAUCAAUGCGUAUAUCUAUAUAUAUCUAUCUAAAUUUAUUUAGUUUACCACCCCUUUGUGAUAUUAGAGGUUCAUUUGUUGCUCAAUAUGAACAUACCUUAUUUUUGAAGCCUAGUUGCAUCGAAAUUUUAUCGAAAGGUGAUGAUUAUUGAAAAGAUCAGGGAAUUAUUCCAAAUAUACAUAUAAUAUACAUAC